AUUCAUUACUGUUAAACUAUAGCCUAUAUUUAGGAAGACGUCUGCACUGUGUGUUUUUCAAGGUUUAUAUAAAAUUGAAAUGGCGGCUGAAGUUCCAAGGCUGUUUUCGAUAAACUCAUUAAUAGGCCUAUAUGAACAAUAUAAAAAGCUCCCUGGCUGCAUGUGCGUUUCUUGAUUUACUAUGGCUAUGGCGUUAUAUAUGUGCCUCAAUCCUGAGCAAGUAAUUCUAAGUUUUGAGCACAGAGAACUAUAUUUUGCAAGCACAUUACAUUACAUUUUGAACAGAAAUUAACACUCGCCAAAAAUUAUUUCGUUUGAGCAAAGAAAAACCUAUUCCGUGCUCAAUAGAUGUAUUUGCUUGUUUGCUAUUAUCCAUUUUAACGUGUAGCUCAACUUGCAACAGCGUUACAAAUGUGCCACAAAACCAACCAAUCGGAGAAUUGAAUAAGGUAAAUUGUGAUUGGCUGUUUGGUCUCCAAUCAGAACGCUUCCCAAAGAAGACGAAAAAAUAGAUUUUAGAUGUAGCCACUGUCAGACAUGACAGAAUCAAAUGAUGAAAAUAGCAAUAAUACGCCACAACGUCAGGUGAGUUAGUAAUUUCUAGUUUUUUGAGGUUAUGGUUUUCGAUGCCUUUGAUGAAACCUGCAGAUAUGUGACCGUUUCGGAAAAAAAUUAAGUUCGCUAGCUAGCAGGAGAUAUAGCUAGCUAUAACUUAAGCUAGCUUAACCUAACUUAUUAAGCUAACCUACCGUUAAUGUUAUUGUAGCAAGCAUAGCAAGCUUACUUUUGUAGAUGACAAACUGUACCUUAUUUUUUGUAAUUUUUAUGUCUAACAUGUUAAAUCAUCAUGAAUUGAUUUAGGGUCAUGGUGCAGUUGAGUCAGCAGCCAGAAAUUUGGUGUCUGUGUUGCUAAACAGUAUGGCCACAAACUGCCCAACACGGCCGUCAGAGACGGAGCACCCUGUACCCAGAAAUGUAACUGUGCAGCAAGAAAUGACAAGAUCCUUUCCAGGAUAUUUCAAAUCAAACUUCAGUCGUGGUAAAAAGAGGUGUUUGACUGCCACCAAGCACCUUGUUAAGACCAGCAAAACAAUGGCUCUCAAUUUUUAUCUUCUGCCAAAAAAUACAUCCCACACACCGUUGCCAACUGAGGAGCUUGAACUCCUCCAGGCAGGUAUGGGAAGACAAACGGUGUCUCUUCCAGAAGAUGGUGACCACACAGAGAUUUCAAAGCUCCUGACUAACACAUUUCCAAAAAUGGAGGAUCUUUGUGGGGGAUGGCUCUUGCAUAAGGCAACAGGUGGCAGUGGUCGACGAAAGCUGACUUUCAUUCCACAAGAAGCAGAGGGGUAUUCUGUUAAAGCUCUGCGAGCUGCGUCAGCAGGGGGCAAAGCCACUUUUUACAUUGUACCACUCUAGGAGACUUUAGACACCUCUCCUCUGCCUCCUGACUCACAGCAUUUUUCAAAAAUGCCAAAGAAGACAUGCUACCAGUGUAAUGAGGUGAUGCCUUUGCAUAUCCUUGCAGUACACAUUAAGACAUGCAAGGGAAAACUCUCCUCCGAUGAGACUGGUGAAGAGUCCUCUGAUGAGUUAUGGGUUGUGGAGAACAAGUGCAAGGUGGUUUGUCCAAUUUGCAACACAGAAUUCCCAGACGAUGAGAUCACAUUCCAUGCUAGCCUAUGUGGAGAGAGCUUUGAAUGUACAGUGACUUCUGAAGCAAAUGACAGUGGCCCAAGUACGCAUGCUCAAACUCCAGUAUGUAAACCAAGAAGUACGGAAGAUGUAUUGCACUUCCUUGCACAUCAAGUUGACACAACAACAGAAUUUAAGUUGUGUGUGGACAGAGAAGACCUUCCAGACAGGGGCAUUCUCCAGUGGAAAAGAAAGAAAGCUGCAUCUCCUGCCAGUGCUCUUAAGGUGGUGUAUAUAGGAGAGGCAGGUAUUGAUACAGGAGCCCUUAGGAAAGAGUUUUUAACAGAUAUGGUUUCAGGUAUUGAAAACAGAUUCUUUGAAGGAGCUGAAAACCAGGGUAAAAAUCCCAAGUACUCUUUGACAGACCUUGAUAACGACAACUUCAGAACUAUUGGUGAAAUAAUGGCAGUCAGCCUCGCACAAGGUGGGCCACCUCCUGCUUUUUUGAGAGGGUGGUGCUACAACUUCCUCUGCACAGGAGAAGUGGACUUAAAUUCUCUGUCUAAGGAAGAUGUGGCCGAUCUAGAAUCCUGUCAACUCAUCAGCAGGGUCGAAGAUUCUACAGAUGCUCAGUGUCUGAUGUUCAACGCUAAUGAAAUUAUAAGCUGUGGAUACACGAGCCAGAUCAACCUGGACAGCAAAGACAGGAUAAUUCGAGCAAUUAUCCUACAUUCUACUACAAGACUGAUUCCAAUGCUGCAGCAAAUUCGAAAGGGCAUGGAACUGUACGGCCUGGUGGACCAGAUGGCUACAAACCCUGAAGCUUGCCGCUCCCUGUUUGUUCCCGGGAAGAUUAUCCAGCCUGAUGCUGAUUUCAUAAUGAUGAACUGCCAGCCCAAUUUCAGUGAAAAGGGGACUUCUAAGGGGAGAACUGAGAGGAAGAUAAUCAACUUUCUGCAAGAUUUCUUGCAGGAGGUUGAAAUGUCAGAUGGGGAGACGGACAGUGCAGCUGGUGACACAGAGCCUCUUGCAGUGCCACACGUGCUCCAGUGGAUGACGGGGCAGUCCCACAUCCCUAUGCUCCCUGAUGAAAAGAGACAUUUCAAAAUAACAUGCAACUUUGACCACAACUGCAGGGAGCGACUAGGAGAUCACUCAGUUUGCUACCCAAUUGUGAGUGCAUGCACUCAGACUGUGACUUUUCCGGUACAGCAUCUUAGCACUUACACUGACUUUAGAAGAAUCAUGAGUGAAGCAGUUAAAUAUGGUGGUGGAUUCCACAGAGUUUAACGCAACUAGGUCUACUCAAAUGAAAGCAAUUAUUGCUACUGUUAGUAAUACAUCCCAAAGGGUGCCACUCCUUAAGUGACUUUUUUGCUGGUCCAUUAGUAAAGUUAAUGUGAUGUUUUUGCCAAGUGCAAUAUUGUAACCAGCUAAGAAGUUCCUGUUUAAAUGUCAUUGUUGGUUGGACACUAUGUGCAAGUAUCGUGUGUACAAGUCACGACCAUGUGACUGAGAAUGUUCCAUAGGAUCAAGAGUUCUCUGAAGUUCUUCCAGGGCUUCAUCAUCCAGUGGGCACACAAUUUCUGGAACCACAACUGUACCGUGAGAGUCUCGUUGCAGUAUUGCACUCUCCCAUUCAAUGCCUGGAUCUUGAAGUUCCUACAAAUCCAGAAAAAAACCAAUAAAAAAAAAACCAAUUCAAAUAAAUUAAGACUUUGUACCUUAAAACGUUUUUCUGAUGUUUUCUGUCUAUUUAAAUAAUGUAAUCUUUUUGAACAAAUGUUACAAAAAAGGUGUAAUUGUUCAUUGUAAACUUUAAUAAUAUAGAAAUGAAAACUACUGGUAAUUGAACAGAUGGCUGUUGCCAAGGAUGUUAUUUGUCAGCCUAUUUAAAACGGAAUUUGUAGAUGAAAAAAAAUAAACUGCAGCAUUUAUGCAAAAAUC